CGAGGGAAACCUGACAAGCCGCAUGGCUGCGGGUUGUUCAGUGGUGCCACGGCCGAAGGCGGCCUCUGAGCGGCCUGUGGUAGGACCCGCCAGCGUCCUGCCUUGCUUAGAGCUGCCGACUUAUGCCGCUGCUUGUGCGCUCGUGAAUAGCCGCUACUCUUGCCUCGUGGCCGGGCCGCACCGGAGGCACAUUGCACUGUCGCCCCGCUACCUUAACAGGAAACGCACUGGCAUCCGAGAGCAACUCGAUGCGGAGCUCCUGCGCUAUUCCGAGAGCCUUUCAGGUGUCCCCAUUGCAUAUGAUAACAUUAAAGUUGUGGGUGAACUGGGAGAUAUUUAUGAUGAUCAGGGACACAUUCAUCUUAACAUUGAAGCAGAUUUUGUUAUUUUCUGCCCUGAACCAGGACAAAAGCUUAUGGGUACAGUAAAUAAAAUGUCUUCUAGUCACAUUGGCUGUUUGGUACAUGGCUGUUUUAAUGCCUCCAUCCCUAAACCUGAGCAAACAUCAGUUGAGCAGUGGCAGACCCUGGAGAUAAAUGUGGGUGAUGAACUAGAAUUUGAAGUAUUUCGUUUAGACUCAGAUGCUGCUGGAGUAUUCUGCAUUCGAGGAAAACUAAAUAUGACUAGUUUACAAUCCAAGUGUUCUAAAGUUUCGGAAGAAGUAACAGAAACCAGUACUGAGGACGCUGUUGAAAAACUUCCAAAGAAGAAAAAGAAAAAGAAGAAAGACCCAGAGACAUAUGAAGCAGAUGAUGGUACCACAGAGCUAACACAUUUUGCAGAUGUCUCCCCAAACAAAGAAACAGACCUGCAGAUUACUAAUAAUGUGAAUGGCUUCUGUGAAGAAGAGCCAAAGAAGGAUAAGAAGAAGAAGAAGAAGAAAAAGCACCAAGAACAUCAGGAUCAGGACCCUAUUUUCCUGGGUAGUGACUCCAGUGGUUACCAAAGUGACCAUAAAAAGAAAAAAAAGAAAAGAAAACACAGUGGAGAUGCUGAAUUUACCCCACUUUUGGAAUGCUUACCAAAAAAGAAAAGGGUAAAAUAAUAUUCUUUAGUGCAUUUUAAAUAUGAAUCAGUUUUUAAAAGAUUGAUUUACACAUAAUAGAUGAAUAAAUUGAAUGAUGUGAGAUGCUUGUGUAUGUCAGUAGUUUAUAAAACGGGAAACUUGAUUAGGAGUUGGAGGUUUUUUGUGGUCAAAUUACAAAACAGUAUAAUUUGGGGAAUACCAAUAUUAUUAAAGUGCCAUUUCACUGAAUACAAAAGAAAAAGGUAAGGGCUGCACUCACUCUUGACUCUUGCAUUCUUCCAGGUUUUGCACUCUACAUAAAAUGAUUCCACAGUCUCAAAACUAGCAAAAGGACUUCAUGAUACAGUAUUAUUCAUAUCAUUAAAGAAUGAGUUAAGUUUGGGAUUUUAUUUGAUUUGGUUUUUAUUUGAUUUGGUUUUUUUUGUGAUAGUUUUCACCUCUAGUCAUUACAUGUUUUAUUUCCUUUUUCAAAAAUGGAGGACAUUUACCAGUUUUAGGUUUUUCAUUAUCAUGACUACUACAUUAUUUCUGUUGUGUAACUUAGAAUGGUUUGCCAAAGGAGCUUCUGAAGUCUCCAGAGCCAAGGGCUGUGCCACUUGUCUUUGUCGUGGGAAGCGAUAAUUCACUAGUCUUUCCUUCCACGUGCAUGUAUGUUGUUUUCUUUUUUUUUGUCUUUAAGUCUGAGAGGUUGGUGGAAAGGGCUGUUGUCUUGUACUUGUUCAUUUGUACCUCAGCAAUUUUGAUUGUCUAUGUGUCGGAGGAGGAGAGUGAUGAAGACAGGAUAAAUGCAACUCUGACUAGUCAGAAACUUUCUGAUUACUUUUUAAUGGUUAGGGUAGGCUUCUAGAAAUUGUUCUGGAGAAAAAACAGGUGUUCACGACUUCUGUUGAGAAAAUGUGUAAUGUCUUAACUAAUAGGAAGACACUGAAUAAUGAAAUGACAAGCUGGUUGAGGCUGAUAAUCAAUGCAUGGCCAUAUUCAUUCAACAGAUAUUUGACCAUCUACUAUGUUUAAUACAUUCUACUAAGGCCCAGGGACAUACAGCAAACAAAGAAGAUGUAGUUCCUUCUCUCAUGGGGUGUCAUAGGAUAAACAUGAAUGCACGCGCACACACACACACACACACACAGUAUACAUAAGAAAUAUAGAAAAUUAGUAAUUAUGUUAAACUUUGUGAAGAAAAAGAAUUGUCCACUAACUUGCCUGUGUUACUAUCUGCAAGUAGAUGAAUGGUUGAAUUCGACUCACAGUGUUAGCCAUUUUUGUUGCCGUUUACUUAGUACCCAACAUAAUCCUGGUCUCACAGUUUAAUGUUUGAUAAUGAAUAAAUUCUGCUAGUGGUAUGUCUUUAUCUAAAUAUGUAACAGUAGGACAUAGAGUUUGGAGAGUGGCAGACAUUCAUACCAUUUGUCUACAAGUAGAUGUGUCAGACAGUGGAAGGGUGCAGGCCACUGUCUUUUGUUACAAUUGAGAUUCAUACGAGUAUUGAGCCCUUGAAAUGUGGCUAGUCCAAACUGAGAUGUGCUGUUAGUAUAAAACACAUACCAGAUUUUGAAUAUGUACAAAAAAAGAAUGUAAACUAUCUCAAUUUUUAUAUUGGUAAAAUUAUCAUAUUUUUGGUAUAAUGAGUUAAAUAAAAUAUUAAAAUUAA